AUGUUUCAUCCUACUAGAGGAGGCACUCGCGGUGGCAAAGAUCAGUUUAAAUGGGACGAUGUGAAAGACGACAAACAUCGUGAAAAUUACCUUGGCCAUUCAUUGAUGGCACCUGUAGGUCGCUGGCAGAAAGGCAAAGACUUGACUUGGUAUGCUAAAGAAGGCUCAGAUGAAGCAAAAGCAAAGGCAAAUGCAGACGAGUUGGCGAGAAUCAAAGAAGCUGAAGCUGAAGCCAUGGCUGUUGCACUUGGCGUUCGUAAAAAGAAGACAUUGGAGAGCCAUGUAACAGCAGACGAUCUUAAGCACGCCUUGAACAAGGACGAUGAUUCCGAUAAUGAGCAAUCUACCUUCAACGCAUCAGAGAAAGGAUUAGGGUACGGCAAAUCAUCCAAUCGCUUUCCUCAAAACCAGCAAUCCAUUACUGGCAGCAAUGCCGUCGAGGUCAUGAAUGGAGGAGGUCGAUCCUUUGCUUCAACUACACCAGCCAACGCAGACAGCGAUAGUGAAGACGAGGAAAAAGACAAGAGGAGAUCAAAGAAACAUCACAAGCAUCACAAGAGCGAGAAAAGAAAGAAGCAUCAUCGACACCAUAGUCGUGAUGACAGUGAAGACGAAGAGAGAUCAUCCAAACAUCGUCGCCACCAUCGUAGCAGUAGCCGUCGUGAUGGAGAAAAGCGUGAUAGAGAGGAGCGCCAUCACAGUCAUCGCAGUAGCAAAAGUAGACGUGAUCAUGAUGACAGAGACACCAGCAGAACAAGAUCGUCUCGACACCACGGCGGUAGCAGUAGAAGAAGCUACGACGAUGAUGAUUGUAGAGAAAGAGACUCUGUACGUUAUCAAGACAGAGAGCGAGAAAGAUCACCAAGCAGACGCCAUGACGACAGAACAAGAGGCUCCAUGACUAGCAGUAGACAAAGAACCCCGUCUCCACCCAAGCGAGAGAGGUCGCUCUCUCCUUACAGCAAGCGAGUGGCCUUAUCAAGGAUGUAA